UAGGCUAGUAUUAAAAGUCAAUCGAUUGCGAAGAAAGAAAGUUUCUUUAUCGAAAGAAGAAGAAAGAAAGCAGAGAAAACACAGAAUUGUUAUGGCAUGGCCAUGGGGAGUUCGAAUGAAGCUCCGGGAUCUUGUGACAAUAUUAUUCUUAAGUGGGUGUUUAUUCUUAUUCUUUCUUCUCACAUCAAGAAAGAACCCGACGCCGGAGAUGGGUCUGGUGGAAGAAACCGAUGAUGAUCGGAAAAUGGUCAUGAUGAAUUCAUCGGCGAACUGUGAUUUGUUUUCAGGGAAAUGGGUGUUUGAUAAUAGCUCAAAUAAUAAUCCUUUGUAUAGUGACUUGAAUUGUUCAUUCAUGGAUGAUGGAAUGGCUUGUGAGAAGUAUGGGAGGAAAGACCUCAAUUAUCGGAAUUGGAGAUGGCAACCCCAUGCUUGUGAUCUUCCAAGGUUUGAAGCAAAGGCAAUGUUGGAGAAGCUAAGGAACAAAAGGCUAGUCUUUGUUGGGGAUUCUCUAAACAGGAAUCAAUGGGUUUCAAUGGUUUGUCUUGUGGAUUCAGUCAUUCCUCCAUCCCAAAAAUCACUCAAUUCCACCCCUAAUGGAUCACUAGUUACUUUCCAUGCCAUUGAAUACAACGCGACGAUUAGUUUCCAUUGGGCACCUUUGUUGGUGGAGUCGAAUUGCGACGAUCCAUGGCACCAUCGAAUGACCGAUAGGAUUGUAAAGAUAAGGGACAUCGAGAAACAUGCUGAGCAUUGGAGUGACGCUGAUGUGGUAGUCUUUAAUUCCUACAUUUGGUGGGUGUGGCUCAAAGUCAAGAUCUUGGACGGAACUAUUGACUUUGAGAGUCCAAACGCGACUUACGUCGAAAUGGAUGCGAUGAAAAUCUACGCGAUGGCCCUAAACACUUUGUCAGAUUGGGUUGAAACGCAUGUCAACCGAUCCAAGACCAAAUUGUUCUUCGUUAGCAUGUCACCUUCUCACCAAAUGGCCGAAGAGUGGGAUAACAACUCUGCAGGUGGAAAUUGCUACAACGAAACAGAGCCAAUUUCGAUUGAACUGUAUAAAGGGAGAGGCACGAAUCCUGAGAUCAUGACAAGUGUGGAAACGGCCGUGGAAGGGAUGAAAAAGAAAGGUGUCGAUAUGCAACUUUUGAACAUCACGCAGCUUUCUGUCUACAGAAAAGACGGCCACUCGUCGAUAUAUAGAAAACAUUGGGACACUCUAACGAAAGAGCAAGAGGAGAACCCAAAAACCUAUGCAGAUUGUAUACAUUGGUGCUUGCCCGGUGUGCCCGACGUUUGGAAUCAACUUCUCUAUGCCCACCUUUUACGUCCUUCAUAAGUUUUUUUUUUACUUGAUAUAUAAAAAUGUACAGAAAAAUUUCUAUUAUAUUAAAUACUACACUUAAUUGUCCAGUUAUAAAAAAGUGUUAUGUUU